AUGGAAACGGUUUCGCGCCUGGCGCUGAUGGCCGUCCUCUCGCGCGCCGGGUCUCCCGCGCACGAAAAAGCGACGUGGAACGGGUCGGACGGGUACCUGCCCAUCAUCACCGUGCAAGACUACGACACGGAAGCGGCGGCGGCGGCGGCGGGAAAAGCGGGGCGGAAGACAACAACGACGACGGAGCGGGGCGGAGACGGCGUCGGGGCGUGGAGCGGCGGCGAAGUGGCGUUUUCGGCGCUUUUGGGGGCGCAGUGCCUUUUUGUCGUCUUUGUCGAGGGGUGGAUUGUGUGGAUGGGUCAGGCAGGUGAUUUUGAGCUUUGGAAUUGGUUAUGCGAGUUUGCUUCUCCUGGCCUACUCGUGCUUUUUAGCGUCUCGUUCUCCGCGAUGCUGCUGCAUGCCGUUAGGGUGCAGACGCGGCUUGCUGAUCUGGCGUUCCAGGCGGCGGGCUUGAUCAUGGCCACGUUUUGCGCGGUGAUGGUGUGUGCUGGCGCGAGCGGCGGGGCGAGGGGGAUCGGGCUGGCGGUCGUCGUUGGUGGAGUUGUCGUCAUGUGGUUCUCGUUCUUUGCUGGGUUUUGGUGGGCUGUUUUGCGUCUGCACCAGGAACAGAGGGGCCAGAGGGAGGUGAGAAAGGGCAAGACUCGUGAGAGGGGUUAUGGGACUACGUCUGGGGGUUUGGCGAUGGAGGACGAGACUUUUGAGGGGUUAGUGGGCGAUCUUUCGUGA